AUGCGUGAUGCCAAGAUCCUAACGUUAAGUGUUCCUUUGUUCAAGAUUAAGUUUGUCGACUCUCUCAGUUUCAUACCGAUGAGGCUCGCUGAUUUUCCAAAAACGUUUGGUUUGAACGAACUCGCGAAAGGCUAUUUUCCCCAUCUAUUCAACACAAACGAGAAUCAAAACUACGUUGGACCCCUACCACCUACUUCAUUUUACCAUCCUGAUGGAAUGAGUCCUGAUGAGAAAGAAAAGUUUUUGGAAUGGCAUAAUGGUUUGAAAGAGAACAAUUACGUGUUCGACUUCCAACAACAGAUCUUGACUUACAGUCGAUCUGAUGUGGAUAUAUUACGUCAUUCCUGUCUGGAAUUUCGCGAGCUGUUUCGUGAUGUUACAGACGUUGAUCCGUUCGAGAAAUGUCUCCCAAUUUUAUCGGCCUGUAAUCUAGCGUUUCGAAAGAACUUCCUGAAAGAAAACACCAUUGCAAUCACUACCCCUCACGGCUAUCGUCCCAAAGACAAGCAAUCCUUCUUGGCUUUAAAAUGGCUUUUGUAUAAGGCUGAAAAGGAAGACCUCUACAUUCAACAUGCUCUUAAUGAAGGAGAUAACGAAGAAACCAACACAGCCUACGAGAUCAAUGGGUGCUUCUGGCACGGUAAGUUAACUCGAAUAAACGCCUACUUCGAAUAAAGACCUUGGAAUAAAAUUAUAAUAUUGUUUUUUCAGGAUGUUUGAAGUGCUAUGCUCGGGACACGGUAAAUCCUGUGAGUGGUAAGACGAUGCAAGAUCUUCAUCAAACUACAAUGGAGAAGAUCAGUUACCUUAAAGAUCAUGGUUUCGGUGUGAUUGAAGUCUGGGAAUGUGACAUCAGGAAAGAACUGGAACAAGAUUAA